GCUGCUGUCGGAGGAGAGAGAGCAUCUUUGUCUGGGCUCCCCCCUGCCAUCGACACGGAAACAUCUCCACAGAAAGCUGCUGAAGAAGGAGGUCGCACGCGCUCUGCCGCAUUCGUCUGUGCGCCUUUAUUACUGUUAUAAUAUUAUUAUUUUUUUUAUAUUUUUUUUAUUUUCGGAGGAAAACAGUUUUAACGCCGACCUGCUUGUUUGGAAUAAUUCACAGCCUGCGUGCGUGAGUGCGUGUGUCGGAUCGUUGGGAUGAUGUACAGGAUGUUGUGAAGUCGAAAAGAAUGGAGGCUGGACUGGGGGCUCCAUUCUUCACUAACCCAUGGAUAACUGACAGCAACGGAGCUGGAUGGAGUCCAAAACACUGGAUGGUGAAGACGAGGAAGCACACAGUAUUGUGGAUCACUCGUUUGUACUCAGAGUAAAUACAAAGUAUUCUGCAAUGUGCCUCAUUUGUUCAGUCUUUCAUGUGUCACCCAUGGAGCGAUGGCAAAACGAAUCAGGAUAACGUGUCAAGGCUGAAGAACUCUUAUUACAUAUAUGUGGGAGUAGCAGAGUUAUUUCUGCAAAAUUGUUGCUGGUGAAGAAACUGUAGACACUAGAUAUUAUUGCCAUCUUACUGCUGUGCUGGAUUUAUAUUUCUGACUGCAGAGGAGGGAUUAGAGCUGUUAAAAAAAAUCAUGGGUAGGUGCCAAGGCAAGACUCCGUGGUCAUUGUUGUUCGCUGUGUUGGUGCUUACAGCAGUGGGAGUGGCUUUGGAAUAUGAAGGGAUACCUGGUCAGUGGACACGGUAUGGUCAGUGGAAUGCCAGGGCAACAGGUGACCUCAGCUUCAUUCUCAAAACUAACAUCAGCAAGGCACUGGUGCUGUAUCUGGACGACGGAGGGAACUGUGACUUCCUGGAGCUUCAAAUCACAGACGGGAGGCUCCAGUUGCAUUUCACCAUCCAUUGCGCAGAGCCAGCUUCCCUUCACACAGAGACACGCAUCAACGACUAUCGCUGGCACAGAAUCCUGCUUUCUCGCAAUUACAGAGAGACCAAGUUGACAGUAGACAAUGAAGAAAAAAUGGCUGUGGUCAAGUCCAAGAGGAGUGAGAUGGUGGUGGCCAGCGAUGUCUACAUAGGGGGGAUCUCACCAGAUGUGCGUCUGUCUGCUCUGACAUCCAGCACUGUCAAAUAUGAGCCACCAUUCCAGGGCUUCAUAGCCAAUUUGAAAGUAGGGGAGGCGCUACCUUUGCUGUUGGAUGGUCAAGGUGUUCAUAGCGAUUUGGAGUACAUGUGCGACACACACUCUCCCUGUAGCAAUGGUGGUCAGUGCUCCGUAAGCCAAGGAGAAGUCCUGUGUGACUGUACUGAUACCAAGUACAGGGGAAUGUACUGCCAUGAAGCUGUCCAGAAAGAAGUUGAAGGUCUGGCGCACCUGAUGUUAAACCGCCAAGGACAGGAAGAGUCAGUAGCCACCUUCAAAGGGAAUGAGUUCUUCAGCUACAACCUGUCACAGACGCCCAUCCAGAGUAGUUUGGAUGAGAUCACGCUGUCCUUCCGAACCCUGCUGAGGAAUGGCCUGCUGCUUCACACAGGAAAGUCCGCUGACUAUGUCAACCUGUCACUGAGGAAUGGUGCUUUGUGGCUGGUCAUUAACCUGGGCUCUGGUGCCUUUGAGGCCCUGGUGGAACCUGCCAGUGGCAAGUUCAAUGACAAUGUCUGGCAUGAUGUUCGAGUGACACGCAACCUCCGCCAGGUGACAAUCUUGGUUGACGGGAUUCUCACCACCACUGGCUACACUCAGGAGGACUACACCAUGCUGGGCUCGGAUGAGCUGUUCUACAUCGGGGGCAGCCCGAACACAGCCGACCUGCCUGGUUCCCCGGUCAGCAACAACUUCAUGGGCUGCCUGAAAGACGUGGUCUACAAGAAUAAUGAAUUCAGACUGGAGCUUUCACGCCUGGCUAAACAGCGCGACCCUAAGAUCAGUAUCCAUGGUGACCUGAUAUUCAGCUGUGAGAAUGUGGCAGCCCUGGAGCCAGUCACCUUCGACACGCCGUCUGCCUACCUGAUGUUGCCCAAGUGGAACACAAAGAAGACAGGCACAAUAUCGUUUGACUUCCGUACCACUGAACCCAGUGGCCUGCUGCUGUUCAGCCACGGUAGCCUGCGGGAUACUCAGCCAAGCACGAAGACCAGGGCCGACUUCUUUGCUAUCGAGUUGCUGGAAGGCUUUCUCUACCUGGUCAUGGAUAUGGGAUCUGGCAGCAUCAAGAUGAAAGCCAUCAACAAGAGACUCGACGACAGCCAGUGGAAUCAUGUGGACUUUCAGAGGAAUGGGCGAAAUGGGUUUAUCUCUGUGAACGGCCAGAGCGUGCCCUUCUCCGCUAACGAAGGCAGCGAGAUCUUAGACCUGGAUGGCGACAUGUAUCUUGGAGGUCUACCUGAGGACCGCCAGGGUCUUAUGCUACCCCCAGAGGUGUGGGCGGCAUCCCUCGGCCUUGGAUAUGUUGGGUGCGUGAGGGAUCUCUUCACUGACGGUCAGAGUCGGGAUUUGUGGAGGCUGGCGGAGUUUCAGAGUGCCGCAGGUGUCAGCAGCUUCUGUACGAGAGAGACUCAUGUCAGAUGCACCAGGGACACAUGUGCCAACAGCGGGCAUUGCAGAGAAGGUUGGAACCGCCACAUUUGUGACUGCAAUGGUACCGGCUAUCUAGGUCCCAACUGUGAGAACGAGGCCACCACGGUGAGCUACGACGGCAGCAUGUACCUGAAGGUGGUGCUGCCAAGGACCUUACACACGGAGGCUGAGGACGUGUCCCUGCGGUUCAUGUCCCAGAGGGCUUUUGGCUUGCUGGUCGCCACCACAUCUCAGCAGUCAGCAGACACCUUGCGUCUGGAGCUGGACGCAGGCAGGGUGAAACUCACUGUGAACCUGGAUUGUAUCAGGAUAGACUGUAAUCUCAGCAAAGGACCAGAGAUACUCCUUGUAGGUGAAAAGCUAAAUGACAACGAAUGGCACGCUGUGCAGGUGGUGCGACGUGGGAAGAAUUUACAGCUCUCUGUGGACAAUGUGACUGUGGAAGGCCACAUGACGGGCGCCCACACCCGACUGGAGUUCAACAACAUCGAGACGGGCAUUAUGACCGAGAGACGCUUCAUCUCUGUGAUGCCUUCGAAUUUUAUCGGCCACCUCCAAGCCCUCUCGUUCAAUGGGAUGCUUUAUCUGGACCAGUGCAAGAAUGGGGACAUCUCCUACUGCGAGUUGAAUGCCCGCUUUGGCAUGAGGCACAUUGUGGCCAACCCAGUCGCCUUUCUUACCCAAGCCAGCUACAUGGCCUUCUCCACCUUGCAGGCUUACGCCUCCAUGCACCUUUUUUUCCAGUUCAAGACCAGCAGCACAGAUGGCCUGAUACUUUACAACUCUGGAGAUGGCAGCGACUUCAUUGUGGUGGAGCUUGUAAAAGGGUACAUUCAUUAUGUUUUCGACUUGGGAAAUGGGCCGUCACUAAUGAAGGGAAACUCAGACAAACCGCUCAGUGACAACCAGUGGCACAACGUGGUGAUCUCCCGUGACAACAACAACGUGCACACCCUCAAGAUUGAUUCCCGCACAGUCACCCAGCAUGCCAAUGGAGCCCGUAACCUAGAUUUAAAAGGGGAGCUGUACAUCGGUGGUGUGGGGAAGAGCAUGUACAGCAGCCUGCCUCGGCUGAUAGCAUCCCGGGAAGGUUACAAGGGCUGCCUGGCCUCUGUGGACCUGAACGGAAGACUUCCUGACCUGCUGGCAGAUGCCCUCCACAAGGUGGGGCAGGUGGAGCGCGGCUGUGGAGGUCCUAGCACCACCUGCACAGAGGACUCCUGCCAUCACCAGGGAGUGUGUCUGCAGCUGUGGGAGGGCUUCUCCUGUGACUGUACCAUGACCACCUACGGGGGGCCGUUCUGCAGCGACCCUGGGACCACAUAUAUCUUUGGGAAAGGAGGGGCUCUCAUCACAUACACAUGGGCUCCCAACGAGCGGCCGAGCACCCGAGCUGACCGGUUAGCCGUGGGCUUCAGCACGCAGCAGAAGGAUGCCAUCUUGGUGCGAGUGGAGAGCACCCAUGGACUUGGAGACUAUCUUCAGCUGCACAUAGAUCAAGGCAAAAUCUGUGUCAUCUUCAAUGUAGGGACAGAUGACAUCACCAUUGAUGAGCCUGCUGUCAUAGUUAACGACGGCAAGUACCAUGUAGUACGCUUCACACGCAGCGGUGGUAAUGCCACUCUCCAGGUGGACAACCAUCCGGUCAUUGAGCGAUAUCCGCCAGGACACUAUGAUAAUGAACGACUGGCUAUUGCUAGACAAAGAAUCCCAUACAGACUUGGUCGGGUAGUUGACGAGUGGCUACUCGAUAAAGGGCGACAGCUGACUAUCUUUAACAGUCAGGCAGCCAUUAAAAUUGGCGGUCAGGACAAGGGUCGGCCCUUCCAGGGUCAGAUCUCAGGGCUCUACUACAAUGGACUCCAGGUGCUUAAACUGGCAGCAGAAAACGACCCCAGCGUUCAAGUCGAGGGCAACCUGCGUCUGGUCGGGGAUUCCCUCUCUGUGGUGACCACUGACACCACGGCUGCCACGCCACUAGCUGUGUCUGAUAUGUCGACUACAAUCAUGGAAACUACCACGACUAUGGCAACCACCACCACCCGCAGGCAGCGCUCGCCCAGCCUGAGAGAGAGCAUCUCAAAGCCCCAGAACUCCGAUGAUAUUUUGGUGGCAUCAGCUGAGUGUCCCAGUGAUGACGAGGACUUGGAAGAGUGUGAACCAGGAACAGGAGGUGAAUUAGUGUUGCCUAUAAUAACAGUGGAUUCACUUGAGCCCCCCUCCAUCGCCACCCGUUACCCCGUCAUCCCUCCUCCCCCUACCCUCCUAUCCCCACUUGAGACUACCAAAGAGUCCCUGAUACUGCCCCCCCACCCUUCCUGCCCCCCGGACCAGGAGGACUGCGGUGACCCUGUGGAGGUCUCGGCCUUCGGCUCUGGGGAGAUGACAGAAUCAGAUGAUGAGGAUUUUUACAAUAAAAACUCUCCCAUGGUCACUGAUAGGACAGUCCUUCCUCCACCCCCUGCUGCCGGUGAGGGUGGAGUCCAGAAACCCCGCCCCCUACCUCCUUAUGUUCCUACCACCAACCCUGACCAGCUCCACAUCCCUGCAGGCAAAAUGAACACCCGUGACCAGGUGCUUCUGCCUCCUGCUCCUCCAUCAUCCCGAAACACACCAGGACUAACGUACCCCCCCAAUUUUCCCCAUGUGCCCACAGCCAACCCCACAGCCUCUGACGACAAGGGUCUACCUGGAGCCGUGGAGGUGAUCAGGGAGUCUAGCAGCACCACAGGGAUGGUGGUAGGCAUCGUAGCUGCUGCUGCUCUCUGCAUUCUAAUUCUGCUGUACGCCAUGUACAAGUACCGCAACCGGGACGAGGGCUCCUACCCGGCGGACCAGAGACACAAUUCUACAGUGGAGGGCAAUGGAGCAGUUGUCAAAGACAAAACCACAGGAACAGCCUCCGUGGGCAAGGCAAUCACAAAGGGGAAAAAGAACAAAGACAAAGAAUACUACGUCUGAAAACCCAGAGUGUGGACUGAGGCGAGAGAGGAUAAUUUUGUUUUGUUUCCUUAAUUUGUCAUCUUGAACAUCAGAGUGAUUUCACAGUCUGCAAAAAAAAAAAAAACUGCUCCGAACAACAUUACACACCUUGCUUUUGAACAAAUAAAUUUUCCACAGGAGUAAAGGUCGUCUGGUUCUCCUACAGGUGGUUAAAAUAGUCAAUGGCCCGGCUUCUGCGCCACAACUUGCACUCAGUCUGUAUUCACCGCUUCUUUGUUAGUAUGUCAUUUUUACGUUUUUAACCAGCUACGAAAAGGCAUAUCCACAUGGGCUUUGUACAUAGCAUGGAUAUGGUUCAGUGACAAAUGUGCUGACAUAUUUCCCUCAAUAUUUUCUUUAUACUUCUUUGUAAUGCUCUAUCUCAACUUUCAAUGUCCCCAUUAUGAUAUAUGAGGCUGAACAGCCCAGUUAUUGAAUUUUUUACGGUGGAUAAGCUAAGAGCUCCCCAGUAAUUCUGACUCCACUCAGCAAGAAAAGCUAUUUUGGUAAGACAUCAUCUCUGCAGCACUCAUGUUAUGUUUCGUGGUCUUAUAACUCCCCAGUCUCUCUGUCUGCAAAUAAUGGUAUUAUGUUGCUGGUGUAGACGCAUGAUAUUUAGCUCUCCUGAUAUAUAGUACAACGACUGAACUCAACAUACGCUGGCCAGUGAAGCGUAUAGUUUGAUUGAUCAGACUCAUUAUUGAUGUGAGACAUCAUUGUCAGCGUGCCAUGGCGUGAAAUUAGAGAUAAGUGAAGUGAGCCAAUGCCAUUGCGGGUGUUUCUCUGUAAACAUUAUUUGUAUGUGUAUAUAGACGUUAACAGAUUGAAAAGAUGUACAUGCAAAGGGACGGGGCGUCGGCGGCAGUAAAUAUGAAGAAUACGACAGCACUCAGCUCGCCCAGGGCUUUCACGUCAAAAAGCAGCCUGAACAUCAUGAAUCUGCGAGAAGGCCAUCUCACUGUUGAGGGACUUCUCCUGAUUGAGUCUCUGAAAGAGAGAUCGUAUCCGCCUUGCAUUCAGAGGUCGGCCUUCUCUGUACUGUUUCCUCCCUGCGAACUGUCAUGUGGUAAUGCAAAAGCACACAGACAAUGUAAACAUAUCUUUCAAACAACAUAGAUAUUCCUUGUAAAGCCGCCAAAUGUAUUGUUUUUCUAUCAGUUACUAAAAGGACUAUUCUAUGAGAUGACUAAUUGAAGAUUUGUGAAAUGUAUUGCUAUUUCUCUGAUAUUUCGAUGUAUCUUGUUGCCACACUUCUUAACACAUUACAUCGUAGAUUGCCUUUUUCUUUUACCCCCAAACCGAAAGCACACUCUUCGCUGAUUAUAGCUGCGACUAUAUUUUCUUUUUCUUUUCUUUUCUUGCGUUAUUUAAGGUUUGGAUUAUGCAGAGAAAACACAAGGAUGAAACAAAGUGAUGUUUUCUUGCAUUGUGCAUUUUAUAUGUACUGUUAUCCAUUGGAUCUGAUAAUAUAAAGCCAUUUGCCCUGUUGAAUUAUGUCUACUUUUACUUAUUCAGGCUUAUUAUAUUUUAUGAACGUGCCAUUCAAUGUGAGCUGCUCAGUGCUCUGAAAAUAUUCCAUUCCUCACUCAUUGCUAUUGUAUAGUGUUUAUGUGAAAUUGAUCUUAAUAUGUGUACAGAACAUGGAUAAAGAUGAAAAUACACUUGAUUAUAUACUUUGUACA